GUCUCAGGGUUCACCAUAAUUACCCGUGCACCCCACCGUAUCUUAUGCCUACACCUCGCACAUCACCUUCCUCAGUUGUAUACUCUUCCUCGUAUCACAUCGAAACAGCAAAAAAGUUAUUUUUGGAUUAAUUUAUUUAAUCAGUAAACCAUAUUAUUGUUACGUUCAAUCAAUUGUUUUAGCCGACGCCUAAGCUCUCAUCGCGCUAAUCCCUAAUCUAAUUAUCGCAUUUAUUAAGCCCUAAUGAUCCGACACUUCCCAGCCCCACGCUUCCGUAAUUAAUAUGUGAAGACGAUUACAUCAACUUGGUUUGGUCGAUUCUUGCCAUUUUGGAUUAUUUUUUUCCGUUUUUGGCCCAUAUCUUUUUCUCCUUUUUAGUAUUCAACGAUCUCUAAUGGCGUUUACAUUAUUCACUUAUGUUUGUAGAAGGAUUUCCGCGUGCUCUUACAUUAAAGCUACAAUCUUGAUCUGAUUUGUUAUUUCUUGUGUGAAAGUUUGGAUUUUUUUUUUUUUUCGUUCUAAUUUUUGUUUUUGGAGUGAAGAUGAAUGUGGGGAAGUCUCAGGUGUGGCAACCUUGUAAGAAGAAGAGGUUAUAGUGGGGUUGAGAUUCAGGAAUCCCAAAAAGGAACUUCUAUUGUGUAGAGAGAGGGGAAGAUGGAUGGAAUAUGUAUAAUCUGUAUUAGGUAGGUGAAGGAAAAAAAGGAAGGUUUAUCCAAAAAGAGGGAAUUUUGGGAUUGAUUCAAUACAUAUACAUAUAGAUACGGAUAAGGGCUGUCGAGAUGGUGAUGGCAUCGAGAUCAAGCGCUGGUGGCGGCGGCGGCAGUAGUAGCCGGACGCGCGUGGGGAGAUAUGAAUUGGGGAGGACUUUGGGAGAGGGGACUUUUGCGAAAGUUAAGUUUGCUAGGAAUCUGGAGACAGGUGAGAAUGUGGCGAUCAAGAUUCUUGAUAAGGAGAAGGUUCUCAAACAUAAGAUGAUUGGCCAGAUCAAGCGCGAAAUUUCAACCAUGAAAUUGAUAAGGCAUCCCAAUGUCAUCCGGAUGUAUGAGGUUAUGGCCAGCAAGACGAAGAUAUACAUUGUCAUGGAAUUUGUCACCGGUGGUGAACUCUUCGACAAAAUUGCUAGUCGAGGCAGGCUGAAAGAAGACGAAGCAAGGAAAUAUUUCCAGCAGCUUAUCAAUGCGGUUGAUUAUUGCCACAGCAGGGGUGUUUAUCACAGGGAUCUUAAGCCGGAGAAUUUGCUGCUUGAUGCCAAUGGUGUUCUCAAAGUUUCCGACUUUGGUUUAAGCGCCCUACCACAGCAAGUUCGGGAAGAUGGAUUGCUUCACACGACAUGUGGGACGCCAAAUUAUGUUGCUCCAGAGGUGAUCAACAAUAAGGGCUACGACGGAGCCAAGGCAGACCUAUGGUCUUGUGGUGUUAUACUUUUCGUACUCAUGGCUGGAUAUCUGCCCUUUGAAGAAUCGAAUCUUAUGGCAUUGUACAAAAAGAUAUUCAAGGCGGACUUCACGUGCCCUUCAUGGUUUUCCUCGAGUGCAAAGAAACUAAUCAAAAGAAUUCUGGAUCCCAACCCUUCCACUCGUAUCACGAUCAGUGAACUCCUCGCGAAUGAGUGGUUCAAGAAAGGAUUCAAGUCACCUGUUUUUGAACAAGAGGAAGUCACCCUCGACGAUAUCAAUUCUAUCUUUAAUGAAUCAGCGGACUCUCCAAACCUCGUUGUGGAGAGGCGGGACGAAAGGCCCCCAGCCGCACCAGUGACUAUGAAUGCCUUUGAGCUCAUCUCCACCUCACAGGGUCUCAAUCUCAGUUCCCUCUUUGAAAAGCAAAUGGGUCUUGUGAAGCGAGAAACGCGAUUUACAUCUAAAUGCCCUGCCAAUGAGAUUAUAUCAAAAAUUGAGAAAGCUGCCGGGCCUAUGGGGUUUGAUGUGAAGAAGAACAACUACAAGAUGAAACUCUAUGGGGAGAAAUCCGGGCGGAAGGGUCACUUGUCCAUCGCGACAGAGAUUUUUGAAGUGGCUCCAUCACUUCACAUGGUAGAGCUUCGCAAGGCCGGAGGAGAUACGUUGGAAUUCCACAAGUUCUACAAGAACCUUUCCACUGGGUUGAAAGAUAUCGUAUGGAAAACGGGCGAUGAAGUAAAAGAGGAAGCGAAUAACAACGGUAAGUAUAUCAUUGCCUCGUCUACAUAAUCAUUGUUGUGUCGUGCAUCAUCCCGUUAAUCUUUUUGCAGGUGCAGUCGUCUCAACACCGUAGUUGAACGUCGUCUCGGUAAAUUGGACCUAGUAUAAUUACUUGCAUGUUAGGGUUUACUUGUAUUAUUUGGUAUGUUUUGAUCUUGUAUCAUUAGACAAAUAUAAGGAAACAACCAGUGCAGAAUUGUGGUAGUUCUCCUCUUUGAAGUAUUUGAUUUGCUUGUGUAACACAUUACCAUAUCAUAUUUGAUGUUUAUAAAUAUGUGAUUGAAGAGGCUUA